GAGCUUCUAAAACAUCAGCUGGAGACCGGUUCAGCUUUCCAAACUUACAAGAGGCAAGAGUAGCACAUCACUUCACUUCUCCUACGCAAGGAGCUCUGAAACGCUGUAUCCAUUCCCAUUUGUAUUGUCAGUAGAGCUACUGAAUCUACAGCUCAAAAAUUCUGCUUCAAUGUUGAGGAUGGAAGAAAUAGCCAAUGGCACAAUAACAAGCCAGGGAAAUGGCUUAUAUCAGGAUCCACCAAGCCAAGUCAGCAAUGGAAAGGACAACAAUGAGUAUCUCUACAUCCUGAUAGUGAUGUCUUUCUAUGGAAUAUUUCUGAUGGGCAUCAUGUUGGUCUAUAUGAGGUCCAAGAGGAAGGAAAAAGAAUCCAAGCUCUUCCUCCUUUAUCAAGAUGAGGAGAAGCAAUGGAUGGAAAUCAGAAAAAGUGCUUCUUCCUUGUCUGUAUCCAAGCCAACCCCACCUUGCACUGUGUUUACAGUGUUACAGGACACCUUUGCGACAGGCAGGUUCUGUACUGACUGUAAUGGAGCAGAUAGUAGUAUAAGUUCUGAAUCUUCAUCUUCUGAGGUACACUUUACCAUUCAAGAAGAAGCUGCUGAAGGAACAGUUCAAGAAAAGGCAGAGGAAAAAGCUGAUGACCCAACUCAGAUUUCCUAGCGAAGAACAAAAAAGACAAUUGAUCUAAGUCUAGAGGAUCUCUCUUGAUGAGACACUAGUAUCGGGUUUAGGGUCAUAUUGCCUAGUGAGCUCCUUUUAGAGAAAUGAACUACAAAUGGUUUAAAAUCAAAUAGUAUAUUAGGCUAUGAAUGUGUGCAGAGAGGAAAGGCUUCAU